AUGGAGGAGCUCGACCUCGGACCGGCCAUGGAGGGGCUCGACCCUGGCCUUGACCAUGGGUGUGCUCGAGCUCGACCCUGGCUCGACCAAAGAGGAGCUCAACCCACCGCCUCACGUGCACUAGCCCCGCCGCCCGACCGCCCGCCUCCACGACCAUCGGACCUCGAUGGACGGCGGGGGGAGCUUGAUCUCUGCCAUGGCGGGUGGAUCUUGGCCAUGGCGGGUGGGCGAAUCUUGGCCAGGGGUAGGCAGAUCUUGGCCAGACCUCGAUGGCGACGAGCGGAACUCUGGGGAGAAGUGCGCCGGCGGCGAGCAGACCUUAGCCAGGGGUGGAUCUUGGCUAUGAUGAGCAGACCUCCUGUCGCCGCCGCAUGCCAUCCUCUUCACUACCGCCAUCCUCUUCACGAACUCUCUGCGGGCGCGUUCUGUUUUUCGCACGGACGAAGGGUGUAUAGGAAUAUAUACAAGCCCAAUGGACAGUUGCUUGUUGGCCAAAGGGUGUCUCUGCAGGAUCUAAAGGUGUCUCUACAGUAA